AUGGCUUUGUUGUGGUGUUGGUGGUUAUGGGUGACAAACACUAAUGGGAAAUGGAGUUGGUGUUUGUGGGUGGUGUAUGCUAAUGGGAAGUGGUGUUGGGGUGACGUUUUGGAUAAGGAUGGCCACUGGAAGCCUGCACAUGAGAAAAUUGGUGUGGUUGAUUCACAAUGGGUUGUUCAUCAAGUAAUUCCUUCUCUUGGGAGUCAGCCUGCACAUGAGAAAAUUGGUGUGGUUGAUUCACAAUGGGUUGUUCAUCAAGUAAUUCCUUCUCUUGGGAGUCAGGAAUUAUACUUCCGUGAAUGGUGCUUUUGCUUUCUUGAAACUGGAGAAUGCCAUAUUUGCUUCAAAUUAUGCUCAAGGAAUUGGUUUGUGCCUAGUUCGUGAUCUUUUGAGUUGA